AUGGCCCUGACCAUAUCUCUCCUCUUAGUGCAGUUGGGAGGUGCAGACUUCGCGGACUCAACUCCACACAUUUCUUAUCUCUAUCUCUCAAUUUUUAUCUUUAUCUUUUUAUCUUUCUUUUCAAUCUCUCUUUUUCUUUCUUUCUUUCUCCCUCCCUCCUAUCCUUCUUUCUUUCUUUCUCCCUCCCUCCUAUCCGUCUUUCUUUCUCCCUCCCUCCUAUCCUUUUUUCUUUCCCCUUCCCCUUUUUCUUCCUUCCCCCCUUCUUUCUUUCUUCCGCCCUCCCUCCCUUCUUUCUUUCUUCCCUCCUCCCUCCCCUCUUCUUUCUUUUCUUCCUCCCUCCCUCCUUCUUUUUCUUUCUUCCUCCCUCCUUUCUUUCUUCCUCCCUCCCUCCUCCCUUCCUUCAUCCCUCUCUCCUUUCUUUCUUUCUUUCUUUCUUUCUUUCUUUCUUUCUUUCUUUCUUUCUUUCUUCUCUCUUUCUUUCUUUCUUUCUUUCUUUCACUCACUCACUCAAGUUGA